AUGUUUUUUAAACAAUGGCUACCAAGGGCUGGUGAUGCUUUGCCUUCGCCGAAUGGCCUAAGCAGACAUUUUACCGUACAACAAUAUACUUUUGCAGCGAUCGGUUUGGAUCCAAAAUCUCUGCAGAGACCAAUAUUCAAUAAAAUUUUAGCUCUAGUACCGAUGUUGGGUCUCUUGACUCUCGUAAUUCCUAUGAUAGGUUACGCCAGCCUCUAUAAAUCCGAUAUACUCAAAGUGACCGACGCUUUAUCGCCUUUGUGGGAAGGCGUAUUGGCUUUAUCAAAAUUCUUCUAUUUCAUAUGGAACCGGCAAAAAAUUAUCCAAUUGUUAAGGAAAAUAUGGAUAAAAAAUUUAGAAGUAAACAAUAAUCCGGAGGAAUUAGCUAUACUUGCUAAGGAGAAUCAUCGAGAUUACUUGUUUAGUCUGACGUUUUGUAUUAACGUUAUGACUACAGGAGCUUUGGCUUUAACGGCACCUUUGAUGAUAGCCACGUUUUAUGCGCUGAAAGGUGAGAAAUUUUUAAAAGCCUUGGAACCACCCAUAAAAGCCAUUUAUCCUUUCGACUUUCAAACUCCAUCUGGUUUGAUCAUGUUGUACCUAUGGAAUUCAUUGUUUGUUCACUUCAUAAUGUUUGGUAAUCUGUCAUUCGAUGGUAUCUUCUUUUGGUUCAAUUGUAAUAUAGCGGCACAUUUCCGUAUCUUACGUUUACGUCUGACAUGUGCUGGCCAAGAAAACGGCGGUAAUAUCACCAAAACGACAGUAAAUGCAUGCAUUAAUCUUCAUAGGCAAACCGUAGAAUUGGCUGAGGAAUUCAAUAAAAUAUUUCGCAUUAAUGUUUUCAUAAAAUUUGCAAUUAGUUGUUUGCAGAUAGCUUGUUUAGCUUUCCAAUUAGCUCGGGGAAAAGAAAAGGCCGAUCAAAUUUUUCAUUUCUCCUUUCUAAUAUCGGUCUCUUUGCAAUUCUUCCUUUAUUGUUACGGUGGACAAAAGAUAAAAGACGAGAGCUUGGCCGUAAGUAAUUCCGUUUAUGAAAGUUUCCAAUGGCAGAAUGUGGAAACAACUUUACGAAAGUCUUUAUUAAUUUUUAUGAUACGAUCUCAAAAAGCAUGCAACUUAACUGGCGUAUUUUUUACAGCCGAUUUGCCCUUAUUUUUAUGGGUUUUAAAAACCGCUGGAUCUUUUAUUACUAUGCUAUUAACUCUGGCUGACGAUAAAAACUGA